AUGCGGAAAUCAUUGAGCCUCCUUGCGGCUAUCUCCCGCAGCCAGCCAUCAAAACUCAAGAGGCCAGCCAUCAGUCUAGACCAUUUCAUACAAAGACAGCGGGUUAUCGCAUUAUGGAGAGAAAUUGUCAGAGCUUUGAAUAGUACGCUUGCCUCUCUGGAAAUCCCACCCUCUUCUACGCGAGAUGAAUUACAUUCGUAUGCUCGGCAAGAGUUUGAGCGUCAUCGCGAAGUGACAGAGUUGGUAUGUCAUCCAUUUCGGGCCUUGACAACUUGCCGCCAUGUGCUGAUCACUGACCUAUUUCCUUGGCAGUCUCAUAUUCGGUACUUGAUUUCGACAGGAAAAGCCGAGUUUGAAACCAUGAAGCGCUAUAUCGAUGAACAGGUUGCUGGAUGA